AUUGAAAAAAAUUAAAUAAAACAAAAUAAUAAUAAUUACAUUAAUGGAAAAAGUUGAAUAUUAAGGAACAGCUCCUUAAGCUCGUUUCGGGCAUACAAUAACUUAUAUAUCAAAAGGCAAAGCUAUCCUAUUUGGAGGCGCAACCGGCGAUACUGGCCGUUUCCAAAUAACGGGCGACACAUAUUCAUUUGACGUAUAAACUCGUAUAUGGAAGAAAAUAGAAACAAACGGAAAUCAACCAUCUCCCAGAGCUGCACAUGCAGCAGUUGGUUUAGAAAUAAAUUAAAUGGUAGUAUAUGGAGGAGCUACAGGCGGUGGAAGUUUAGCCUCAGAUGAUCUUUAUUUAUUAGAUUUACGAGGAAUAGAUGAUAUAGGAAUGUGGAAAGUAGUUCCUGUAGUUGGCUAAACACCAGGUCGUCGAUAUGGUCAUACAAUAACAUACACAAAGCCAUUUUUGGUAGUGUUUGGAGGAAAUACUGGAUAAGAAGCAGUAAGUGAUUGCUGGUAUUUGAAUGUAGAAAAAAGUCCAUUUACAUGGCAAAAGAUAGAACCUAAAAAUGAAAUACCAAGGGUAAGGGUAUAUCACAGUGCUUCUUUAUGCAAUUAAGGAUCAGCGAACGGAAUGGUGGUAAUGUUUGGUGGAAGAUCGAAUGACUAAUCAGCUUUAAAUGAUGCUUGGGGCUUAAGAAGACAUAGAGAUGGAAGAUGGGAUUGGGUAAAGGCCCCUUAUAAGUCCGAAAAGGAACUACCGGUGGGAAGAUAUUAACAUUCAAGUCUUUUUUUGGGGAAAUUAUUGUUUAUUAUAGGUGGAAGAACUAAUAAUGUUGGGGAAUAUUUAGGUUUGGAAGUUUAUGAUACUGAAACUUCGGAAUGGAGUAGGUUUAGUUCACUUUAAAGGUUUAGACAUGGUUCUUGGAUUGUCGAUAAUUUUAUUUAUAUAUAUGGAGGUUUUGAGUUGGAGAGUCCGAAUAUUCCAACCGAUGUUAUUGUAAAAAUUAAUCUUUUGAAAAGUAUUUCCACAAACGGAGAUUUAUUAAUGAAAAUUAUUAAUACUUUGAAAUAAUCUUCCCCAAAUAAUAGUUCUUUAAUGGAAAUUUAAUAAAUUUCACCUACAACGGGUGGAAAUACAGGAGAUUUAAAUUCAACUGCAAAUUCAAAUAUAAGUAGUUAAUUUGGGAAAAUAAGUCCUAAUUCAAUAAAUAGUUCUUUUAAUAAUAAUAAUUAAUUUUAGCAAUAAUAAAUAUAAAGUUUACCAACCUAAUAAUAAUAACAUUAAUCAUACUAAUAAUAAUAAGGUUAAUAAAAAUAUUCUCCUACUUAAAAUAUGAAUUAAUAUGUAGGAGGAGUGGUUAAUAAUAUAUCUAAUGCUAAUAAAUAUAUGCCAAAUUAAAUAAAUAGCAAAAUCCAAAAACCUUAAUCUAUUGGAAAAACAUUCGAGUUUAUGGAAAGUAUAGUCGCAGAGGAAACUAAAACUAAUGAUAAUCGCAAAGUAAGCAAUAAAGGUCAAAAAAUAAGUAAUAUAUACAAUUAAGUAGACUUCAAUAGUAAUAAAGGAGUCGCCUAUGAUCCGAACUCAAUCCAUAAUAUUAUGAUUUAGCAUUUAUUAUAGCCUAAAAGUUAUAUUAAUUUUCCCGAAAAUGUACCUUUUAAAUUUUCCUCUGAGCAUAUAAUAUAACUAUGUAAUUUAGCUGAAGAAAUUAUAAAAAAUUAACCAAUAGUACUUAGAGUAAGAGCUCCUAUGAAAAUAUUCGGAGAUAUACAUGGAUAAUAUAGUGAUUUAAUGCGUUUUUUCGAUUUAUGGGGUUCUCCUUGUGAAAAUGGGAAAGACUCAGAUAUAGAAAGUUUCGAUUAUUUAUUUUUAGGAGAUUAUGUUGAUCGAGGAAAUCAUUCAUUAGAAACAAUAUGUUUACUUUUAGCUUUAAAAGUACGAUAUCCUAAUUAAAUACAUCUUUUAAGAGGAAAUCAUGAAGAUAAAUGGAUAAAUACAGGAUUUGGAUUUAGUGAUGAAUGUAAUUAAAGAUUAGGAGAAGAUCCUAGUGAUGAAGACUCAGUUUUUAAUAGGGUAAAUAGGCUUUUUGAAUGGUUACCUUUAGCAACAAUAAUAGAAGAUAAAAUAAUUUGUUUACAUGGAGGAAUAGGUGGGUCUUUACAUUAUAUUUAGGAAAUAGAAAAUUUAUAGAGACCUCUAGAAGUUAUACAUGAAGUAAAUACACCCGAACAUUAAUUGAUUGUUGAUAUUUUAUGGUCAGAUCCUACAGAUUCAGAUCAAGAAUUAGGAAUUCAGGCUAAUGUAAUAAGAGAUCCAGCCGGAACAGGAAAUAUAGUCAAGUUCGGACCAGAUAGAGUGAAUUAAUUUUUAUAAAAUAACGGUUUGUCAAUGAUUUUGAGGGCUCAUGAAUGCGUUAUGGAUGGAUUCGAAAGAUUUGCGGGAGGAAAGCUUAUUACUGUGUUUAGUGCGACUGAUUAUUGUGGAAGACAUAAAAAUGCGGGAGCAGUACUUAUUUUGAAAAAUAAUUUCGAAAUUAUUCCGAAAUUGAUUUAUCCUAAUAGCGAAAUUUAACACAAUUGGAUUGAAGAUGAGGAGGCUUUGAAAAAAAGACCGCCAACACCGCCUAGAUGGAAAAAUAAUAAUAAUAUAAGAAAGUCUUUUGAUUGA